AUGGCCUCUCUCGACACAUUGAGUGCCGCUUACUCCAAGCAUCAAUCCACCCUUCAAUCUCUCAUCGAAGCCAGGCAACGCCUGGACUCUCAGCUGUCCGAGAACCUUCAAGUCGAAAAGGACUUGCCCUCUUCCAACGCCAAUCCCGAAGAGGAGGUGGUAUACAAGCUUGUGGGAGGGGUCUUGUUGAAGCAGGAGAUCCAAGAGGCCAAAGCAGAUGUAGGGAGGAGACUUGAGUUUAUACGUGGGGAAAUCAAGAGGGUUGAGGGUCAGAUCGGCGAGAGUGCAAAGGAAGGAGAGAAGGUCAGGGGCGAGGUGAGUGCAAGAGCGCGGGAUGGCAAGGAGCCAUAAUGAACUCAUGACGCUGAGCUCACCUACCCCAUCCCUGCGAAUGCUCGUCCCGCAGAUCCUCAAGAUUCAACAACAGGAGCAACAGCGCCAGGCUCAAGCGGGGGCUCAGGCGGCCGCGUAGGACGCAUCACGCAUC